CAAGGACUCAAGUCGACUAGCAAGAAUAGAUGAAGCCUAUCACACCAUAAGUUGAGCCAUCCCCUGGAGAUAAUGGCACCGCCAACCCUUUCAUAUGGCCUUAAUUUGGCCUCCAAGAAGUCGCAGCCCGCCACCUCCGCAGGCUCGUCCACAUCCAAGAAACGCAAAAAGACCAUCUUUGAUUCGGAUUCCGAUAGCGAUACGGGACCUACAGAAGACACAAAUGGUGAAGAAAUUACUACUCUAGGUGGCCUUACUUCUGCGGAUCCAGAGCCGCCAUCAAAAAAGCAACAGAACGCACCCCCGAGGAAAGCCUUUUCUGGAAACGCAGAUGGCAAACAGAAGGACUAUACAAAUCUCUCAGCCCUGCAUAGCAGCAAUAAGCAUUCCCAAACGGCCGCCUCUAUUGAUCCUAGCAUUUACGACUAUGACAACAUUUACGACUCCAUCCAUUCCAAUCGUAAGAAAACCUCAGCCUCCGCGACUACAUCUUCCGGACCUAAGUACAUGACGUCUUUGCUACGUAGUGCCGAAGUGCGCAAGCGCGACCAGCUUCGCGCUCGAGAUAAGCUGUUAGCUCGCGAGCGCGACGCCGAGGGUGAUGAAUAUGCGGAUAAAGAGAAGUUUGUGACGGCAGCAUACAAAGCGCAGCAGGAAGAAGUGAGACGGAUUGAAGCCGAGGAGGCCGCCAGAGAGAAAGAAGAGGAGGAAAGGAGGAAAAAAGGCCUGGGAAUGAUGGGGUUCUAUAAAGACAUGCUUGAAAGGGAUGGAAGAAGACACGAGGAGGCGGUUAAAGCUGCUGAGGAAGCAGCUAGCAAAAAGCAAGCAAGGAGAGAAGAUGAAAAUGAAGAGCAGCAGGAAGAAAAGUCUGCUGCCCAGAUUGCCGCGGAGUUGAAUGCUCGUGGCGCACACAUCGUGGUUAAUGACGAAGGAGAAGUCGUUGAUAAACGUCAGCUUCUCUCCGCUGGGUUGAAUGUUGCUCCGAAAGCGAAGGCAAAGACAACUCCAGCUUCAUUUGCAGUGGAGUCGCGUGCAAGAGAUAUUCGAUCUGAUCGUUUUAGUGCUGCUGCAUCUGCUCGCUCACAGCAGCGCGAACGCCAGACAGAAAUGAUUGCCGCACAAUUAGAAGAGAGAAUGCUUAAGGAGAAGCAGGAAGAAGAGGCUCGACUGAAGGAACUGGCCGAGAAGAAUAAGAGCAAGAAGACGACGAGCGAUGUAAUGAGUGCAAAGGAACGGUACCUCGCCCGAAAGAGGGAAAGAGAAAAAGAGGAGCAAGAAAAAGGAAAAUAGGCAAAUGCAGGAAUUGUCGGGUCUGCCUGUUGUGGUUUAUUUCAGUUGGCUUUUGAGCGAGGGUUGGAGUUAGGGGCAACUUGCGAUUUGGAUCUAUUUCAUUUCAUAAUGAUAUCAGAGUCUAAAACCAC